AUGACCAACGCUGUCAUCAAAGCUUUCGUUGAUUUGGACUCGCUUCGGUCGUGCGCGAACGACCCCGGCAUGGUCGACGACGGACUCAUGCGCGCCGGGUCCGAGCUGGAGGCCUACUGCGAGACGCUCGCCGCGACCGCACGCGUGGAGACGGUGUGCCCCCCGAGUGAAGGAUGGACCUUCGGGCCGCGCGGACGAUCGAUGGCGGGCGACGCGGACCGCCGCUAUUUUUGAUGCUGGCUGGGCGGGCGGGCUCACGCCGGCGCACUGCGACUUCGAACGCAAGCCGUCGUCUAUCACCACGUCGCGGGCCAGAACCGCGUGUUGGGCGUCCCGCGGCCGGUCGCGAACUGCCUCCACGCGGCGCGCGAAGCCCUCGCCGCCGAAUCAUUUGGCGACGCCGCCGACGCGCGUCUAUUACAAUUCGAGGCCGACGCUUUGUUAGGUUGUUUGAACCGCGGUUUGUUGCAGUAUGACGAAUUUGGGCCGGGAGAUACGAUGCUGAUCCUGCCGAGGGGUGGUCAUGCUGUGUUAACGGGGCGGCCGCACAAGGUCGUGCUCGCGGGCGAGUGGCAUUUAACACCAGAUGGUGUGCGAGCCGCCGCCGUGCCCGCGUCGCUCACGUCGCCGCGGCCCUUCGCCGAAGAAGAGGCCGCGCCGAUGCCGCCCGCCGCCAACAAGAAGAGACCCGAAUCGAGCGCAUCGCCUAUAUCGGCGCCGCCCGCGACUACUGAGCUCAAGGCCUCUACUACGCGCGCGCGCGCCGCGACGACGCCGUUUCACCUACCUAUCGGCGGCCCCACGACCCCCGCAGCGCCGGCCGCCGGUCGGCGUCGACGAACGCGCCCGGUGCCCGGCUCGCUUCCACCGACCACGCCCCUGCCCCCCGCCCGCCCGAGGCCAACGACCGCUGCCGAAGACGGCGACGAACCUCCACGCCAAAAGAAGCCCUGCUUUGGACCGUCGGAGACGCUCGAGGCCGUCGAGUCGCGGUUCUUGAGUGCGACGCUACCCCAGUAGAAACACAACUAAAU